AAAAGUGUUUCUCCAGGACGAAGAUGGCGGCAACUUAGCCCAAGGGCCCAAGAUGCCUGUGGCCAUCGGGGGCCCCCAGCCAGGCAGUUCCGCCCCGUGCGCCCGGGGACACCGCGCCCGGCGGCAGCAGCGGCGGCAGCCGCAGCUCAUUGUCACCAGCGGCGGCGGCGGCCCCGGCAGCCUCCUCCUCCUCUUCCUCUUCCUCCUCCUCCUCUUCAGCAUCCUCGGCAGCGCUCCGGGAGCCCUGCAGCAGCGUCUCUCCAGUUAGAGCGGAGGGGGGAAAGGAGAAAGCGGGAACGGAGACAGCGGUGCAGCAUCUGUGCCGCGGCUUGGGGCUGAGGAAGAGGAGCGGCGGCGGCGGCGGGGAGGAAGAGGAGACGAGGAGCCCUCCCGGAGCCGUCCGUCGGCAGCGGGGGACGCGGCAUGCGGCUGUCCGGGGGCAGCGGGCUUUUCUCGGGAGGGAGAUGGAGAGCUGCGCUCUGACCAUGCCUGGGUGAGAGGGGAAAGGACCAGUCGCUCAGCCCCGCCGCCACCAACUACCACCACCACCACCACCAUCUCCUCUCCCUCCUCCUCUCUCUGCGUUACCGCUCUCGCUUUCUCCGCGGCACUCCGCGGUGGAUGGACUGGGGCUGCUUCGUGUGGCGAGACCAAGGCUGAGCCACCGGCCGACCCAGACGCUAUCUCAGAGGAAGAAAAAGAAGAAGAAAGAAGAGGGAGAAAGAGAGAGAGGGGGGAGAGUGGAAGAGGGAGCGAGCGAGCGAGCGAGCGAGCAAAGGAAGACAGGCAAGAAAAUCCCCCCAAUCUUUUAAGUCAAUGCAUAUUGUGGUGACACCGGCAAAGGAGCCCUCACGGUGGAGUCGGCCAGGGCUGUGCGUUCCCAAAAUAUGACCAGGGGUGCUUGGAUGUGCAGUCGGCAGUAUGACGACGGCUUAAAAAUCUGGUUCGCAUCCCGGGAGAACGAGAAACCCUUCGCGGAUUCAGAGAGGGCUCAGAAAUGGCGACUGUCCCUGGCAUCGCUCUUGUUUUUCACGGUCCUGCUCUCUGAUCACUUGUGGUUCUGCGCCGAGGCCAAAUUCACGGGCACCGGAGAGAAGGAACAGCCGCCGCCCGACAAGCCGGAGCCCGCGGAGCCGGAGCUGCCGCCGGGCAUGGGGGAACCGUCACCCCCCGCGCCCCGGCUCCUCACCCCCCCCGAGCCCUCCCUCCCUCCCUCCCCCGGCAGCGGCGGCGGCGGAGGCAGCGAGCCCCUGCACGGCGAGGCUGCCUUCCUGGGGAACUCCACCGCCGCGCCCCCGGAGACGUGCCCCCCGCCGGGCCGCUCGUCCGGGCGCUGCUUCAGCGUGGGGGACGCCGAGGCGGUGUGCCGGCGGCGGGGAGACCCGGGGCGGCCGCGGGGCGCGGGGCAGAGCCCAGCGCCCGUCUGGGAACUGACGGAUUUUUACCUUUCCUUUUGUAAUUCCUACACACUUUGGGAGUUGUUCGCCGGGUUGUCCAAUCCGGACACUUUGAACUGCAGUCUGGAUGUGGUGCUGAGGGGGGGAGGCUCCUGCAGCCAGUGCGUCCAGGCUUACCAGCGCUACGACCAGCACGCUCAGGAGAAAUACGAAGAGUUUGAGGUUAUGCUCCAGAAGUAUUUACAGUCGGAUGAGUACUCGGUGAAAUCGUGUCCUGAGGAUUGUAAGACUGUCUACAAAGCCUGGCUCUGUUCCCAGUAUUUUGAAGUCACACAGUUUCACUGCAGCAACAGAAUUCCUUGCAAGCAAUACUGUUUGGAGGUUCAAACAAGGUGUCCCUUUAUAUUACCAGACAAUGAUGAUGUCAUCUACGGAGGACUAUCAAGUUUCAUCUGUACAGGGCUCUAUGAACACUAUCCAACCAAUGCAGAACCAGAAUGCUGUGAUGUCAGAUGGGGACUAUUAUCAGAUCAUCAAUCCAAAGGGACUAUAAAAACAAGUGGCUCAACAAUGUGUCAUAGGACAUCGCUCACAGUUUCAUCAGCAUCAAGACUGUGUAACAGCAGACUUAAACUGUGUGUUCUUGUAUUAAUUCUAUUACAUACAGUACUAACAGUCUCAGCAGCACAGAACUCAACAGGACUGGGCUUUGGAGGCAUAACAACUUUGGAAGAUAAUUCAACCAAUGAGGAAUGAAAAAAAGGAUUCAUCUUAUAUGACAGAAACACAAGAGGCCCAAGUGACUACAGUCAAAUACAAAAAUGACUGAGUGCUUUAUCCUCAGAUAUCUUCUUCAAUGAUCUUUUGGGUAAAAGGAAAAGAAUGGGCCACUACCCAAACAAGAACACAAGAACACAGCUUUUUAUUGACUAAAAGGCUGUAUGGUGACUUAAAUUUCUCACACCAUUUUAUACACUGUGUUUUAAUGUUUGGAGUUUCUUUUUUUGUUUGUUUUUUGCACUUGUUAAUACAGGAUUUUAUUUUUGGGACAGUUUCUCAAAGCUAAAUUAAGUCUUUUCUCUGUCGAUAUAUUUCUAGUCAUUGUGUGUGUUCAUCUGAUAGUUCUGUCUUUUAUGUCCUGUCAGUUUCUAUUAGAGGAAUGACUGCUAUGAUUCCAUGGCAUAGUAAAAA